UCGUGGAGCGUAUAAAAGGAGGGCUGGUGAUCGAUCAGCUCAAGUGCUCAAACCCUCUCAAGUUUCAUCAUCACCCAACACAAUCGCAAGCAGCUAGCAACAGGGCCAACCCGACGAACGUGAGAUGGCGGCAGCCGUAGAGGAGGCCUUCCCGAUCGGGUUCACGAAGGGGAUACGGUCCUACUGGCGAAGCCGCAAGUACCAUAGCGUGGACAGCAGCGCGGCGGGCCGCGGCACGAGCAACCUGGUGCGGCUCGGGGGCGGAAGCGGCAGCGGCAGCGACGGCGGGGCGUGGGCCGUGCGGCUGGGAGGCAUGUUCCGCACGCGCGUCAAGGCGGCGGCGCCCGCGGCGACGACGACCGCCGUGGCGAAGGUACCCGCGCGCGUGCUGGGGCGGGUACGGGACGCGUACGUGGACGCCAUGGUCGGCGUGGCCAAGAAGCAGGCGGCCGCGGCGCUGUCGCAGCCGGGAGCCGGGACGACGGAGGCGCUGUGGCAGAAGCGCGUGCCGGUACGACGGUCGCGCGGGCAGAGCAAGAAGCAGCUGCGGCAGAAGGCGGACGAGCUCGGGCAGAGACUGGUCAUGGAGAUGUACAAGUCCGUCCUCGCGUCGAGGGACCUCUCCAGCAUGCUCCAGGCAUCAAGGGCGCAAUAGCAUGCAACACUACAUCGUGCAAAAGUGAUGCAUCCGCGCAAGCUUAACGUGAACUAACGGCUGUAUAUAAGGAGAUGUACAUAUGUUUGUUGCACAAUAUGCAUGGCCAGACCGGCUAGAAGACACUUAUUAGACGCUCAUAACCCUUGGAUUCCCUUUCAUCCCUAGAAAAGAAAAUCCGUGUUCCCUUCUGUUGCUUUUUAAGUUGCUUCUGCUUCAUCUAUAUAUGUCCAGGAUCCCUUCUUGUCUGUAUAUCCAAUUUUAAGCAUGGUUGGCGCUGCCGUGCCACCUACAUAACGUGAGUUGAAUUGAUCUUUCUUUCUA